AAUCAAGGAAAAUCACUGGAUCUGUUCUUCCAACAUAUCAGCUCCAUCCUGUUGGGCCUCCGUUGUCAUCGACCUUCCCAAAGAGCCCAGAAGAAUGGAAUGCCACUGUCCAGUUCUGUUCUCCACAGUCCAGACGCAAGAGGAGAGAGAGAGAGAGAGACUGCGAAAAAGAAAAAAACAAGGAAAAAAAUAGAAAUAUUAAGGUACACUAGCCUCGUACAAAACGAAUUGAAGAUGCAAUCGACCCCGAUUGCUGCUGCUUCUGCUUCUUGUUCUUCUUGCUACCCAAUUCCCAAUCUUCUCUUCCACCACCGACCCGGUCUCAAGCUCAAACCACCCACCAUUGUUUCUCUCUCCCUUCCCGCUUCCCGGAAGCAUCUCGUCAGCUCAUGUUCUCUCCACCUUGCCACCACCACCGUCAACAGCUCCAGCCAAGAACAAGAAGACACCCCCCACCGGAAGCCCCACAACCCGCCUCUACUUCCCCAGUUUCGGCCUCCCUCCGACGCCGAGAGCACUGGACCUGAAUGCCCAGAAGACCAGACGCGACAGGCGGCCCAGCAGGCAUCCGCGAGACGGCGUGUGCGUAAAUCGAGUCGUAGGGGCAUUUGCACAAGCAUGUGGUGGGCAGACCUGAAGGGAGCGUUCGGGCAGAGAUUCAAUUGGGAGGGGAUCGUCUGCUCGAUGGCUGUGUUCACCCGGGACCGUCACCUGGCCCUGCCCCACGUCUCGGUCUCCGACGUCCGGUACAUUGACUGGGCCGAGCUGCGGAGGAGGGGCUUCAAGGGCGUUGUGUUCGAUAAGGACAACACCAUCACCGCCCCCUACUGCCUGACCCUGUGGGGCCCCAUUGGCCCGUCAAUUGAUCAGUGCAAAUCGGUCUUCGGCCCCAACAUUGCGGUAUUCAGCAACUCUGCAGGGCUCUUGGAGUAUGAUCACGAUGGUUCCAAAGCAAAGGCCCUCGAAUGGGCUGUUGGAAUAAAGGUUAUCCGGCAUACUAACUUGAGCUUCAAAGUCGACCCCUUUCAUCAAUUAGCGUCGCGUCGUACUAAUGGAGUGAAGAAACCAGCUGGUAAUGCCGAAGAAAUCGAGAAGCACUUUGGUUGUGAUUCUUCGCAGCUUAUCAUGGUGGGUGAUCGGCCCUUCACAGAUAUUGUUUAUGGAAAUCGAAAUGGAUUUCUUACCAUACUGACAGCACCCUUGAGUCCCACUGAGGAGCCGUUCAUAGUUAGGCAGGUUAGGAAAUUAGAGAAUUCCUUUGUCAGCUAUUGGUCCAAGAGAGGUUUGAAGCCUAUUAGUCACGGACUACUUCCCGACACGAAGCAGUGUGUGAAGGACCCUUGACCUAUGUAAGAGAAUUAAUCCGUAAGGGCAAUUCUAUUUUUUGAGUUGAUAGAUUUUACUCGGCACUGCAUGUAACUGUACUUUGCCCCCAAAAUUUUGUAAGAUCAUAUGCCUAGAUGAUUAUUCAAAAGGAAAUGUUUGAGGCAAAGCAUUGUGAUCCCCGUAGAAGUAUCUGAUUUUCUUUUAUCGUACCGAGCUGCAACAUGGAUGGAAUCAAAGUGGGUCUGUAGCUACGGCAUCAAGUGAAUAAUAUGAUGUUAUUGUUGACAAGUAA